AAAUCAAGUUGUAAGCAGUCAUUCGAUGUCAAAAUCGCAAUGGACGACGACGACAUGCUGCUUGAAGAAAGCGACUACGACCUGGAGUACUCCGAAGACAGCACAUCCGAAUCGGACGUAAACCUGGAAAACCAGUACUACUGCGCCAAAUCCUUGAAGGAAGAAACCCCGAAAACGUCGCUUGCCGCCUUCCAGAACGUGCUCGACCUGCAAGGGGACGCUAAAGGCAUCUGGGGCUUCAAAGCGUUGAAGCAAAUGGUGAAAAUCAACUUCCAGUUGAAAAACUACAAAGAAACCAUGACCAAAUACAAGGAACUCCUAACUUAUAUCAACACCGCUGUGACGAAGAAUCACGCCGAGAAAUCGAUUAACUCAAUUCUGGAUUUUACGUCGACAUCGGACGACAUGGAAAUGCUGAAAGGUUUCUACGAAACAACCCUCGAAGCACUGAAAAACUCGAAAAAUGAUCGUCUUUGGUUCAAGACUAACACCAAGCUGGGUAAAGUGUAUCUGGAAAGGGGCGAGUUUAACAAACUUUCAUCGAUCAUCAGACAACUGAAACAAGCUUGCGGGUAUUCCGAGAGUGAUUUGCAUAAAGGUACGCAACUUCUCGAAGUGUACGCUCUGGAAAUACAAAUGUACACGGAACUGAAAAAUCACCAACAUCUCAAGGAGUUGUACGAACGCUCGCUGAAAGUACGAUCGGCGAUUCCUCAUCCGAUUAUCAUGAGCAUAAUCAGGGAGUGCGGUGGGAAGAUGUACUUAAGAUCGGGCGAUUACGAUAAAGCUUACACCGACUUUUUCGAGGCGUUUAAGAAUUACGACGAGUCGGGGAACCCGCGACGGCUCGCUUGCCUCAAAUACAUCCUUUUGACCAGUAUGUUGAUGAAAUCGGCGAUCGAUCCGUUCGAUUCCCAGGAAGCCAAACCGUACAAAAACAAACCGGAGAUCAAAACCAUGACGAAUCUGAUCGCGGCGUACCAAAACAACGACAUGAAACAGUUUGAGCGGAUUUUCCAGGAGAACAAGGAGUCCCUGAUGCGGGACCAGUUCAUCCAGGAGCACAUCAUCGAUCUCUUGAAGAACUUCCGCACCAAGAUUCUGCUCAUCCUGAUCAAGCCGUACGACAAAGUCAAAAUCUCGUUCAUCGGGGAGGAGCUGGGGAUAAGCGAGGAGGAAUCGGAGAGUUUGAUCGUGUCGUGUAUUUUGGAUAAAAUCAUCGCCGGAAGGAUCGACCAACUUAACAAAGUUUUGGUCAUGAAUCCGAAACCGGAGCCGCAGAUUUACGAAGCAAUGGGUCUGUUGGCGGACCGCAUCCGCAAUCUUAGUUUAUGUUUUGAAUAAAACCGUUCGCUCA